GAUAACGGCGCGCAACCAAUAGUGGGUCGUCGCGCGUGGUUGUUUUGUUAGUCCUUUUUUUGGUAGUUUCGUUUCACUAUGAACGGGAAAAAUGGGGCUGGUGAUAAAAAUGAGUGUUCCCCUAGCACAUCAUGUGAGUCUACCACUGAAUCGUCAGAUAUGACUUCAAAGGACUACUAUUUUGACUCAUACGCGCAUUUCGGAAUUCAUGAGGAAAUGUUAAAGGAUGAAAUCAGAACACUCACCUAUCGCAGUGCUUUAAUUCACAACAAACACCUCGUAAGAGAUAAGGUAGUGCUUGAUGUUGGUUGUGGGACCGCCAUCCUCUGUUUGUUUGCAAUUAAAGCUGGAGCCAAACAUGCGAUUGGAAUUGAUUGUUCCAACAUCAUUGACCGGGCAAUGGAAGUCGUGCGAGCUAACAAUAUGGCGGACCGUAUCACUCUGAUCAAAGGAAAAGUAGAAGAAGUGGAACUACCUCCGGAGUACCCCAAGGUCGAUAUAGUCAUAAGUGAAUGGAUGGGUUAUUGUCUUUUUUACGAGUCAAUGUUGAAUACUGUUAUUUAUGCCAGAGACAAAUGGUUGGCACCUGGUGGCAUAAUUAUGCCUGAUCGUGCAACCCUGUAUGUGUGCGCUAUCGAAGAUAGACAGUACAAAGAUGAAAAAAUUAACUGGUGGGACAGCGUGUACGGUUUUGACAUGAGUUGUAUAAGAAAAGUUGCACUUACAGAACCUUUGGUUGAUGUUGUUGAUCCUAACCAAGUUGUGACUAAUUGCUGUUUAGUCAAGGAAGUGGACAUGUAUACCAUCACGGUUCCCGAAUUGACAUUCAGUGCACCAUUCACACUUACCUGCAAAAGGAAUGAUUAUAUUCAAGCCUUGGUUACGUUUUUCAACAUAGACUUCACUUCUUGCCAUAAACCUACAGGAUUUUCAACAGGUCCUGAUGAGCGCCGCUACACACAUUGGAAACAAACAGUUUUUUAUCUCGAUAAUGGCGAUGAUGACUGUCUAACUGUCAAGAAAGGAGAACAUAUCAACGGUGUGAUGUCUAUUAAACCGAAUGAACGAAAUAACUAUUGUACCUACAUCAAACAAUGCGUCACACUUGUAUAUUUUUCAACACCAUCAGGAAAUAGUGAACAGAUUUAUUCAGCAUUAUCGAUCAUAAUAUAAUUUCUGAUGAUUUCAUAUUCAGUGAGUUUCUGGAUUUUCUUACUAAGUUUUAAGUUUUGAUUCAGUGUGCUUAUGAAGUCUGAUUUACUGUGGACUAGAAAGGGUUUGAAAUAAUAAUGUACUGAAGAUACUUUUCAACGUAUAAUGAAAUAUUUCACUACAUGUAUCAACAGUCACUUCCAAACCGAACAAUAGUGCUUAUCUAACAAGUAAGAUGUAUAAGCAGAUAAAUGAAAUAAACAAUUCACACUGCUACAGUUGAUUCUCUAUUCACUUUAUAGUUGUCAUACUUACUGUCUAAUAUUUUUGUUUGUGCGUGAUCUUGAUAUCAACAUCAAAGUAGAAUUUGUGGGAGAACUUUCGUCGAUCGACAAAAUGUUUAACUAUCGUAUGCGCUGAUUUGUCGCCCAAGAUGGUUUGAAUUGGAUCGUAAUCAAAACUCUUAAAAGAUCUAAUUUCAAAAUCCUUGCCUUCAAUUUAUAACCUCAUUCUGAACAGCAUUUAAUUGUUUUAAUCCGCUAGAUUUAUCAGGGCAUUUUCUUCGCUCUUAUGAAUUCGUUUCCCUGUGUGCGUGUAUUAUUCCGUAUUACUUUGUUUUUAUGGUGGAUUUUUCAAUAAAAUAGAUAAAUGACUUU